ACAUCAAUAACAUAAAAAAACAUGGCGGACAAAAGUAAAAAUUUGUCCGUCCAAAAUGGACAAAAAGUGAUUUCUAUGAAGUUAUUCGCCACUUGGGAGGUGGAGAAGUCUUCCCCAAAUUGUAUUCCAAGAAUAUGCAGUUUGAGACUGACAAGGCUUAUUGUGCUCAAGCCUCUCGAAAAUGAGCUCACAUCAGUGAUAAUUGCCAUGAAAAUGCAGAGUUCAAAACGUGUAUUGAGAUCAAACGAGAUUGAGAUUCCUAGAGGUGGUAUAGCAGAUGUACAGCUGGAUCUGUCAUUUAUGCUGCAGUAUCCACACUUCCUGAAGAGGGAUGGCAAUAAGUUACAAGUGAUGUUACAAAGGAGAAAAAGGUACAAGAAUAGACCAAUCAUAGGAUAUAAAACACUGGCCGUAGGACAACUUAGUAUGGCAGAGGUGUUGCAGCAUACAGGUAACCGAGAAAUGUCCCUGUAUACGGACAUUAAGGACCAUAAAAAUGUUGUUGCCAAGGUAAUGAUGCUCAAUAUAUCCAGCUCUCCAGUAGAUCAUGAGGAAAACCAGAAUGGCAGAAGAAAAAUUGCCUCUUCAGAUGCAGAUCGUUCUCCAGAUAUAGAUGUAGAUUCAGAUGAUGAUGAAAAUGAAGAAGAUCAAGAGAACUGGUCAAAUGAUGAACUCUCGGACAGUGAACCAAUGAUGUUGGAAGAUGGACACUCAAGACAGCGAAAAGUGAAUAGGACAAAAGUCAGACCUGCAAUGAAUAGGCAAAGAAAUCUGAAGCAGAAAUUUGUGGCAUUGUUGAAAAGAUUCAAAAUUUCAGAAGAGGUGCUAGAUGCAGGAGCAGACCAUGAGAUAUUAGGAGAUGGAGAAAACCCAGCAGAUAUUGAUGAUCUUAUAGAAGAACUGGAAGAUUUGAGUGAUAGCGAACCAGAACUUGAUACCAUGAGUGUAAUGUCCACACCUAAACCUAGACUAAGGCCAUUUUUCACUGGACAGGGAAGCACAAACGAAAUUGACAGGCAAAGUUUAACAGAUAUCCCCUCUCGAAAUCUUGGAAGUGACGAUAGCUCAAAUAGUCAAGCCGAACGAGACACAGACCCUGAAACCUCGGAAGUUGCCAUGGCAACAAGUUUAGAGGUGCCAACAUUUAACACGGAGCACAUGAAGUUAGAGACAAAUUCUGGUAAAUCACACACUCAGUCACUGAGCACCCCACAGAAACCAGUCCAUGCGACCCAGUUUCUCAGCAAUCCGCUGAAAACAGUUGUGCGUGAACGAGCCACCUCCUAUAAAGAGAAGAAAGAGAAAAAAGAGCACCGUCACUUGGAACGUUGUCACAGCAUGGGCUUGGCGGAUCAGUUGCCCCGUAAAGCAUUAUUGGACCAGUUGACAUUGGUACUGGGCGGCUCCGAUGAUAAGCUACCUGACAACUUACUUCUAGUCAAUACAGCAGAAUGGCAAGGGCAGUUAUUUGUGCAGAAGUUACAAGACAAACAUCUGAGAAUGAUAUGUACAUGUUCAGAUGCUGAUGUAAGGGCCACAAUCAACUUCCUUGUCUCAAAAAUACAAAAAUUUUGUAAUUAUAAUUCUCGAAGUCCAAAUGCCACAAAGAUAGGUAUAGCAGGUGGAGAUGGUUUCAUCAAUUCAGUAUUACGUCCAUAUGUGGAGCAGUUCUCUGCAAAGUCACCUGAUUGGCAGACAUACGUCAAAUUUCUUGUUAUACCAUUUGGUUCCAGUGCAGUUGGAAAGUAUUUGGCACAUAUAGACAGUACAUACAAUAGUUUAUUUGGUGAUUGGAUGUGGAAAGACACAUUUGAAAGGACUGAUUCAUCCUCCAAUAAAUUAGAGCAAGAACAAGUUUAUGCUAGAAUAUCGAAAUAUCUGUCAUCCGCUGGCGGAAUUGUACAGAUCCCUAUCGCAGAAGCUAUGGUUAUGUGUAAAGUUAAAGGGAGUGAUGAGGAGUCUUGUCAAGUGUUUGUUCCAUUCCUUUGUGAGGUUAAGAUAGGUACAACUGAAGCAUUAAUGACGUCCAUAGAUCUUGAUGAGAGUAUACCGGCACCGUCCUUGUCUAGUUCUCCACCACAGCAAAAUGUUGCCACUGUAGAUAAAAAUACUCCACCAAACUCACCAAAUGUCAGCGGAUCAGCUCCAUUUUUAGGGGUAACACCACCCACAGCCUCAGCCUCGUAUUCACCAAGAGAAUAUGUUGAACUGCAAGUUGAUUACUGGACCAUGGCGAAUAAGACGGAAUCAUCGGACAAAGUUGAUAAAUCAAGCAAAAAAGACAGCAACAAGUCCUCCCUGAAGUCCGUUUUCAAGUCAUUACAUGUUGUCAGACUGUCACCACAACAUCAACUUCCUGCUCUGGCAGAGAACCAGACUGUGCCAUUUGCAUUGAUAGUUGUGACACGAGAAAAGAAACAGAAAAUACGUAUUGGGAAGAAGUCAAAAGAAGAAUCAAAAACUUCAGUUUAUGAUGGAAUCAGCAGAUUGAUAUGUACCUCCAAAAGUCUAAACCAGUCACUUAAAGUGACAGUAGAUGGCGUUGAUUGGAUGGGUGUAAAAUUCUUCCAACUGUCGUCUCAGUGGCAGACGCACAUCAAACAUUUCCCUGUGUGUACCUUUACAGCAGACAUUGGACCAGUCACAUGAUACUUUGUUUCUACAGAAACAUAUUUAACAUAAUUAUUACAUCUUGGUGUGCAUGUUCAGCUGGGCAACUGUAUUUAACCCAUGAGAUGUAUGUCUUAUAGUUAACCAAUGAGAUGUAUGUCUUCAAAAACAUAAUUUAGCGGCUAUUGAGCAAAAUGCAUUACAGUUAACAGAUACAAAAUUAUUUCACUUAUUUUUAUUUUACGACACCCCUUGGCGAAUGAUUUGCUCAAAUAGAAUUUAAAGGUUUUUUAGUUUAUUUGCCAUUAAUUUUGUCACAGGAGACAAAAAUUACAUUUAAUUAGUAAUAUUUACUGUUGUUGGACAGCUAGGUAAUUUACUCCAGUUAAAGAAGUUUACUAUGGUUGGACAGCUGAACUCGCUCAGUAACUACAGAUCUGACUUACUGGUUAGGUAGACAGGGUUUGUAUACAGGUUGUCAUAGAAACAAUGUUGUAAUCACCUACAGAACAAAGAAGCAUCAUUGUGGUGUAAUAUAAAGCAAUACUUGCCAUAUGGAAAUACAUGAGUUCUCUUGAGAGAGAAACUAAACGUUUUAUUCAGUUAUCCACAAAAAAAUUCUGCAUUUAGCUUCAGCUGAAGUAAACAUUUUUCUGAAAAAUUAUUUCACUUUUAAGACAAACAGUCAAUGUUAAUGCACAUUUCUAAAGUACUGUGCUAAAGUAAGGUAAAAUUGACAGUUAACUGUUCUAAAUUUUUAAGUUUAUCAGUUAUGAUGUUAAAUAUUUUCUUUGAGGUCUAGAUUAAAUUUCUGUUUUUGAGUGACAGCAGACAAUUAACCUUAAGCCUGCUGGUGGCAAGUUGUUCCGCCUUUGCGACCAGUGCAGACCAAGAUCAGGCAGAUCUGCACUGUCUGCUAUUCAGUGAGUAAAUUUUCAGUGAAUACCCAUUUGAAUAAUAAAUGGUAUUGCCCACAUUGAAUGAUGGACCAGUCCAUUUUAGAAAUUUAGCUAGCUAAGGGUUAAGUAUGACAAUGCCUGAAGUCCAAUAUGAAGUUUUAAAGAACUGGUUCUAUGUUAAUACCUGGUCCAGUACUUACUUGGUCUUCCUACAGAAACAAGGUUAAUUAAAAAGGAAAAUGUGAAAUUUAGUUUUAGUCUUUGCCUUGCAGAAAUAUUGUCUUUUGUUGAAAGUUUUGGAUUUUGUUAGAAAACUUUUAGCUGAAGUCAAAUGUAGAAAAUGUUAGAUAAUGAUUAGAAUUCAUGAUAGAUGAAAUAAGCCUUUAGCCUGCUGGCGGCAAAUGAUUCUGCCUUUGCAACCAGUGCAGACCAAGAUCAGCCUACACGGAUCAUGGUCUGCACUGUUCGCUGUUCAGUCUGUAAAUUUUCAGUGAACAGCCCUUCGAAUAAUAAAUGGUAUUGCCCAAACUGAAUAAUGGACCAGUCCAUUUUAGAAAUUUAGCAGGCUAAGGGUUAGCUGUUGUGGCUUUUAUUGUGUGUGUACAUAAUCAUGUGUAAUACCAUUUCAUUCUAUCCAGGAUUACAAGUGUUUCUGAAGGGUUAACUGGUACAUUAUGUUCUGAAUGAGUGCAAUGUCAUUUAUUUUCAUCUCUGUGAUAUCUUUUUAAAUACGAGUGGACAGUUUGCUGUAAUUAUUUUGAAUCACUGUCUGUAAGAAUACUCCUUGUUUUUUUUUUAUGCCCCCGAAGGGAGGCAUAUAGUUUUUGAACCGUCUGUCGGUCUGUCAGUCUGUCCGUCCGUCCGCAAUUUUCGUGUCCGGUCCAUAUCUUUGUCAUCAAUGGAUUGAUUUUCAAAUAACUUGGCAUGAAUGUGUACCACAGUAAGACGACGUGCAGUGCGCAAGACCCAGGUCCGUAGCUCAAAGGUCAAGGUCACACUUAGACAUUAAAGGAUAGUGCACUGAUGGGCGUGUCCGGUCCAUAUCUUUGUCAUCGAUGGAUGGAUUUUCAAAUAACUUGGCAUGAAUGUGUACCACAGUAAGACGACGUGCAGUGCGCAAGACCCAGGUCCGUAGCUCAAAGGUCAAGGUCACACUUAGACGUUAAAGGAUAGUGCAUUGAUGGGCAUGUCCGGUCCAUAUCUUUGUCAUCGAUGGAUGGAUUUUCAAAUAACUUGGCAUGAAUGUGUACCACAGUAAGACGAUGUGCAGUGCGCAAGACCCAGGUCCGUAGCUCAGAGGUCAAGGUCACACUUAGACGUUAAAGGAUAGUGCAUUGAUGGGCGUGUCCGGUCCAUAUCUUUGUCAUCGAUGGAUGGAUUUUCAAAUAACUUGGCAUGAAUGUGUACCACAGUAAGACGACGUGUCACACGCAAGACCCAGGUCUGUAGCUCAAAGGUCAAGGUCACACUUAGACGUUAAAGAUCAUUUUUCAUGAUAGUGCAUUGAUGGGCAUGUCUGGUCCAUAUCUUUGUCAUUCAUGCAUGGAUUUUAAAAUAACUAUGCAUGAAUGUGUGACACAGUAAGACGAUGUGUCGCGUGCAAGACCCAGCUCCGUAGGUCAAAGGUCCUAAACUCUUAACAUCGGCCAUAACUAUUCAUUCAAAGUGCCAUCGGGGGCAUGUGUCAUCCUACGGAGACAGCUCUUGUUUUUUUAGAAUUUUGAUAUAUUGGAGGCAGAAUACACUUGGGAUGUUCUGACUUCUGGCAGUUUUUUAGCUCACCUUGUGCUCAGGGUGAGGUAUUGUGAUUGCUCACCGUCCGUCGUCUGUCCGUCAGUUGUACGUCCGUCCGUCGUCCGUCCACACUUUCCUUUAAACAACAUCUCCUAAACCAAAAGGCCAAUUUUGAUGAAACUUCGCAGGGAUGUUCCUUGGAUUGUCUUCUUUAAAAAUUGUUCAAAGAAUUGAAUUCCAUACAGAAUUCUGGUUGCCAUGGCAACCAAAAGGAAAAACUUUGAAAAUACUCUUCUCCAAAACCAGAAGCCCUAGAUCUUAGAUAUUUGACAUGUGGCAUUGCCUAUUGGACCUCUACCAAAUUUGUUCAAAUCAUGACCCCAGGGUCAAAAUUGACCCCGCCCCAGGGGUCACUUGAUUUUACAUAGGAAAAUCUUAAAAAAUCUUCUUCUCAGAAACCAGAAGCCCUAGAGCUUAGAUAUUUGACAUGUAACAUUGCCUAAUGGACCUCUACUAAAGUUGUUCAAAUCAUGUCCCCUGGGUCAAAAUUGACUCCGCCCAUGGGUCACUUGAUUUUACAUAGGAAAAUCUUCAAAAAAUUUCUAAAAAUAAACCAGAAGGCCUAGAGCUUAGAUAUUUGACAUGUAGCAUUGCCUAGUGGACCUCUACAAAAUUUGUUCAAAUCAUGACCCCUGGGAUCAAAAUUGACCCCGCCCCAGGGGUCACUUGAUUUUACAUAGGAAAAUCUUCAAAAAAUUUCUAAAAAUAAACCAGAAGGCCUAGAGCUUAGAUAUUUCACAUGUAGCAUUGCCUAGUGGAGCUCUACAAAAUUUGUUCAAAUCAUGACCCCCAGGGUCAAAUUGACCCCGCCCCAUGGGGUUACUUGAUUGUACAUAGAAAAAUCCUCAAAAUUUUCUAAAAAAAACCCAGAAGGCCUAGAGCUUAGAUAUUUGACAUGUAACAUUGCCUAGUGGACUUCUACAAAAGUUGUUCAAAUCUUGACCCCCCCCCAGGGUCAAAUUGACCCAGCCCCAGGGGUUACUUGAUUGUACAUAGGGAAAUCUUCAUAAAUUUGCUAAAAAUAAACCAGAAGGCCUAGAUGUUAGAUAUUUGAUAUGUAACAUUGCCUAGUAGACUUCUACAAACUUUGAUCAAAUCAUGACCCUCAGGGUAAAAUUGGCCCCACACCAGGGGUUACUUGAUUGUACAUCAGAAAAUCUUCCAAAAAAUUUCUAAAAAUCAUCAGUUUGACAUUUGAAACAUGUAGCUCAUAUUACUCUGGUGAGCGACCCAGGGUCAUCAUGACCCUCUUGUUGAGACAGAAUAAAUCAAAAUGCUCGUAUUCUAGCAAGUGGGCAACAGAAUGGUUUUGUUUAUGUAAGGCAAUGCUCAUUUCUGAAUGUUCCUUAUGUAACUAAAAUUGGAGAUGAAAAUACUCUUAGAUGAUUCUGACACCAGACAAUGUUUGAGACAGAACAAUUCAAUAAAAUGUUCAUGAUGUAGCAUAAGUCGGACACUGAAUGAAUUUUGUUUAUGUCAGCUCUCGUCCGUGUCGGGGGACAGUGUAAAUGUGAUGGUCUGGCCCCGUGUUCGUAAAACAUUUUCAGUCUCUGCUGAGUUUGAUAAUAAAAGUUUUAUUUGUCUUUAAUAUUUAAAUUGUAUGUUUAAGAAAUAAUAAAUCUGUUCCUAUAUUUUAUCAGUUAAUAAAAUAUGGGCUGGAGUUUGGAUGCGUAAUAAUUAAAUCACGAGUGCGCAGCACGAGUGAUUUAAUUAUUCGCAUCCAAAGGACUGCCCAUGUUUUAUCAAUUGAUAAAAUUAUUGGAACAUAUUUAUUAUUUCGAUUCUAACAACGCAAAUAAUUCGCAUUUUACAGUACGUACUACAUUUUCAGCAUAACACGUCAUUCGGGUCAUAUGCUGUUACAAUUUACCCCCUAUGGUUAGAAAGUGUUGCAUAGCUAAUGGAACGUAUAUAUAUUUGUUUAUUUUUUAUCAGAAUUUUGAAAAAUAUAUAUGAUUUAGUAAUCUAACAGCUCGCAAACUAAUUAUGAACAGAAUCAUCAAAAUAAGCGAGUUGACCCUGUAUUAUGAGUGACGAGAUUAACUUUUAUAUGACGUUACAUCAUUAUGACGUCAUACUUUAUGUCAUACAUUUAUGACGUCACCGCUGAAUCAUAAUUAAGCUAAUUGAAUUCGCUCGUACAGAUCAGAGCGUGUUUUACGGACCUACACAUAGGUCAGUAUGACUUUUUAUUAUAUUUAUGUUUUUAAAAUGCUGUUUUCAACCCUUUGGACCUGAAAUAAUUCGAAUGUAAUGGAACUGAAGUAGAAUCUCUUAUGUUACAAUCAUAAGGGGGUGAAAUGUAACAGCCAACCAAAUUUUAUCGUAGAUUCAUGUAUAGGAGAUUUCGCUAUAUGUUUAUAUAGCAAUUGGUGCGGAUCGUGUUAGAAUAAGAAUUAAAUGUUCAGUGAAUGACUUAUUUUCAAGUGACUAUGCAGUAUAGAUGGUAAGUCUCAGUUGGAAUUUAAUCGUGACGUUCUAUUAAAAUUUGCUAUCAAAAUUUCAAUCUCAAAUUCAGCUGAGACUGAAAAAUGUAUUGUGAGCAAGGGGCCAGUUCACCUAAUUUAGAGGCAGAAUGAACUUCAAAAAAAUCUUGCUUCAGUAGUAGUUGGUGACAAAAUUAACAGUAUAAACAUAAAUACUCUGUUUGUAGCCAAAAUGCUUGAACUGUUCUAGCGUUGCUGAUAUUUCGACUACUGUUACAAUUUUAAGCAGAUGUUGUUGACUUGCGACACUAGCUAUAGUUGUAGCCAGCAUGGGGUUGGAAUAAUAUUGCUUCAGCCUGUGGUCAGCUGUUUUGCCAGAUAUGAUGAUACACCUUUCUUUUGAUAACAUAUGGUAGCAGUUAGAAAUAUGUAUCAUUUUAAAAUUUCUUAUUAUUUUCAUGCAUUGAAUUUUAAAACAUGCUCAUUAAAUCUUACAAUGGUUGUAUGUUGAAUGUUAUUAAGCCAGUAUAACUGUUUUGUUAUAUUUACAUUGAAAUUUCUAUAUAAAGACAUUUUGUAUUAGUUUGUCGUAAUAUCUUAACUUUGUAAUUGCAACAUUUAGCAAAUGGUGUUUUUUUUUCAAUUUUCGGAGAUCAGCUUUACAGAAAAGGAUAUAAAGCUUUUAGUGUUUAGUUUAGCUCAGACUAGAAGGUAUUCUGUUUGUCAAAUUGCUUAAAAAAGAUUGAAAUAGAGACAUGCACAGUGUUUAAAAAGAUUAACAAGAAGAGCUUUAACUUGUACUACUAUGGUGAAUUUUCAUUUGUUAAUGUGUUAAGUUAAGCAUUUGAUUUGUAAACAAGACGAAGGUUGAAUGCAAAACUGUCAUUACUCAUAAAUAAAGAAGGAAUUAUAACAGUUGUGCGUUCAACUCAAAAUAUUGAGAGUCCAUAAGUAUGCUAUGGUAUCUAUUUCCCCGCCCCGGCCAAAGGUAUAGUGUUGUUAUUUGACAAUAAAACAGCACUGGUGUUAAAAUUGUGUUCAGUUUGAAUGGUGCUUGCCUAACUGUGCAUCCUGUGCAGUAGAAUUUUGUAAAAUAUUCAUUUAUACAUGUAGUUAACUUACCGUAGUCCUAUAUGGCAGUGCUAAAUCUUUAUUUUGCAAGUUAUUUCAACAUUAUUUCUUUUCUUUUAGAAACUGUCAGAAGUAUCUUUAGAGAAGGAUCAUGCAUUCAAAGUAAUAAUUUUGUAGAAUAGCCUUUACACUUCUAUUGUUAUCAAACAAAUUCAAGCGAUUUUUUUGUUUGUAGAAUAUGUAGGCAAGCAAAUUAUCAUAGUCCCUUUGUACAGUAUUCACCAUGACUUGCAUUUUCACCAUCUCUCUCUAAAUAACUUAUUGUGUGCUUAAUUGAAGGUGAAUUUAAAUUGCAUUGAUCAAGUAAUGUGUUCUUUAUAAUGCAUUUAUUAUUCAGAUCUGAGCAGAAAAGGUUAAAAGAACAUGUCUGUAUGAUGAUAUUUAUUUAAAAUGUUAAGUUCCGAGACAGAGACCACAUUCCUCAUGAAUUUCUUGCUAAUCAAUUUGAUGCAGACAGAUAGAUAUAAUAAGUCAUUUGUUUUUCAAAAGGUUUGUAAAAAUGGAAGUUGAAACUCCAUGAAUUUUGAAUAGGUUUUAUUUAAUUGCCAAAAUGGUCCAUAUGUUGAAUUUUCAGCCUAUGAAAUUUUCGAUUAAAAAAUGAAACAAAAACACAAUUUCUUUUUCAAUAAUGCGUUGUUAGCUCAUCUGAUUGUUUGAAAAAAAAAUUGAUGAGUUAUUGUCAUCACUUGAGCGGUUGUCGGCGUCUGCGUCGGCGUUGCCUGGUAAAGUUUUAUGUUUAGGUCAGCUUUUCUCCUAAACUACCAAAGCUAUUGCUUUGAAACUUGGAACACUUGUUCACCAUCAUAAGCGGACCCUGUACAGCAAGAAACAUAACACCAUUCUGCUUUUUGCAAGAUUUAUGGCCCCUUUUGUACUUAGAAAAUAUCAGAUUUCUUGGUUAAGUUUUAUGUUUAGGUUAACUUUUCUCUUAAACUAUCAAAGCUCUUGCUUUGAAACUUGCAACACUUGUUCACCAUCAUAAGCUGACCCUGUACAUCAAGAAACAUAACUCCAUCCUGCUUUUUGCAAGAAUUAUUGCCCCUUUUGGACUUAGAAAAUCAGUUUACUUGGUUAAGUUUUAUGUUUAGGUCAGCUUUUCUCCUAAACUAUCAGAGCUAUUGCCUUAAAACUUGCAACACUUGUUCACCAUCAUAAGCUGACCCUGUACAGCAUGAAACAUAACUCCAUCCUGCUUUUUGUAAGAUUUAUGGCCCCUUUUGGACUUAGAAAAUAUCAAAUUUCUUAGAUAAGUUUUAUGUUUAGGUCAACUUUUUCUCUUAAACUAUCAAAGCUAUUGCUUUAAAACUUGCAACACUUGUUCACCAUCAUAAGCUGACCCUGUACAGCAAGCAACAUAACUCCAUCCUGCAUUUUGCAAUAAUUAUUGCCCCUUUUGGACUAAGAAAUCAUUUUCUUGGUUGAGUAUUAUGUUUAAGUCAACUUUUCUCAUAAACUAUCAAAGCUAUUGCUUUAAAACUUGCAAUGGUUUAUCACCAUCAUAAGCGGACGCUAUACAUCAAGAAACAUAACUCUGUCCUGCUUAUUGCAAAAAUGAUGGCCCUUUUUAGACUUAGAAAAUCAUGGGUAGGACAAUAUUUCUAUUAUACAAAAAAAUCAGAUGAGCGUCAGCACCCGCAAGGCAGUGCUCUUGUUUUUAUAGAGAUAGUAACUUUUUUUAAGGUGAAAGGGAGGGGGGUGGGGAUUACUCUGUUGAAAUAAUUUUUGGGUGAGAAACUAUUGGAGAUGAUUUUUAAAGUUUAACUUUUAAAGGUCUGUCAUCUUAAAGAUGUUUAGUAUCUAUAGAAGGAUCCUGGUGCCAGUAGAGAGAGCAGAGAUAUGAAGUCCUAGGACUUAGUUAAGUCCUAUGUCAUAAGAGCUACUAAGUUGUAUUGCGCAGUAAGAUAGUUGUACAUAGAAGUUGCUACAAAUCUCUCUGCUAGCACGAGGAUGCUUUCAUAAUAACUGAUGUGACUAGUUGGUAGUGAAAAAGGAUUGAAUGGGUAAAGUAGCGAAUACAUGCGAAACAUAAAUUACCAGGUUAUAUAUGAUUGAACAAUGACAUUUUCUUGUUUUAGUUUGGUGCAUAUUGUGAUUCGUGAGAAAAUUGUAGAUUUAUUUUGUAAAAAAUGACUGCUCAGUAUUAUCUUUUUUAGUUUGAAAAUGUUUUCCAUAUUAAAGUUGAAAUUGAAUAUGUGCAUCCUGUUUCAUCAACAGCAUUGAUGCCACAACUUUACAGGCCAUAGUCAUAGAGAAAAUCACUUCUAGGAAAAUAUUAUUUAGAAUUACAUCUUAGGUAGUAGUUUAUAGUCUCACAGAACAAAUCACAGGAACUUGCUAUAAUUAUUUUUAAUAUAAACAUCAAUAGUUUGCUUUGAUUUCAGAAAAGAAACUUCUGUAUAAUGUCCUCCUUCAGGAGAGCCAAAAAAAUUGUCAUUGUAAGUGGUCAUUUGGAAUUGUUUUUUUGAAAAGUAUUUUGUAUGAAUGACAUGAUUCUUUUCUUUUCAUAUGUAUAUAUGUCGCUUAUGCACUAGGGUAUAAGAACACUUUCUACAUAAUCUGGGAAUUAGACAUUUUAAAAUUAAGUACUGUGGAAUCGCUUAAUUUAGUGGGCAUGAAAUAACAUGGUGUAGGCCAAAUCAACUGUGUCACGGAGUUAAGAAUUCCUAGAUUGCAACUUUUAGAAGAUAAAUUAAUGGAAAUUUUAUUCAUUCAUUUGGAUUUAAUUUUAUUUAUUAAGAUAACCUCAAAAUCCAUGCAUGGUCACCUAAAUUUUAAGAAAAAAUUAAAGGCAGUAAUGAUUACAGAUAUGAGCCACACCAUGAGAAAACCAACAUAGUGCAUUUGCGACCGGCAUGGACCCAGACCAGCCCGCGCAUCUGCGCAGUCUGGUCAGGAUCCAUACUGUUCACUUUCAAAGCCUAUUGUAAUUAGAGAAACUGUUAGCGAACGGCAUGAAUCCUGACCAUAUUGCGCGGAUGCACAGGCUGGUUUGGAUCCAUGCUGGUUGCAAAUGCACUAUGUUGGUUUUCUCAUGGUGCUGCUCAUAUUAGUAUGUUGUGGCAGAACCAAAUUUACAAGUUUAUUAAGGUAAUGGAACCAUAAUCACAGUCAGCAGUUCCCAUGCAGUUACGUAUCUUCUGUACAUGUAUGUGAUUUUGGCAUCCUUUGGCCGUAACAGAAAGUUAUUUUUGUAGCAAUUGGGGAAUGCCGAACUCCCAUAUAAAGGAGAAUAUGUAAACAAACUGAAAUUGACAAUUGUUAGUACUGGUAGUGGACCUGUAAUAACAAUCAUCAACCUAUAAAAUCUCUAUACUUGUAUUUCGUCCAGAUCUUACUGUUAAGUCAUGUGCGUUGAGGUACAUUAAAAACCGAAGAAUGCCAAAUUGAAUACAUAAUUGCAAGGCAAUUGCCAAGUGUCAUUAAAAAAAUAGUUCAGAUCCACUACCUUAAACCAGUUAUCCUAUGUACAUGCACCCAAUAGAUAAUGCUUGUACAUACAUGUUACUGUAAAUUUAUGUGCUAUUUGUUAAAGCAUUAAUUUGUAUGAGCUUUUUAAUGGAUUAAUUUCUGUAAAUGACGGCCGAGUGCAAAGUAGUUGAAACACAAGGAGCUAUUGAGAAGUUUGUCUAUACAUGUGAUGACAUGCAACAUUUUUGCUGUUAACCCACAUUUUAUUUUAUUAGACAUACAGCUAUGUUGCACUCAGUCUCUGAAAAGUCUACAGACUAUAAAAUAUUCAUUUAUGAAAAUUUAGUGCUAGUUUAUAUACAUAAUAUGUUUGGCAUUAUUUGGCAAGGAUGCUAUUAUCUGUAAUAUCAACAAAGAUAGCAUCACCUAGCCUUGUUCUGUAUUUAGAUGUAAUAUAGCAUAAAAAUCGAAAUGUAAUAAUGUACAGCAAUGUUAUGUGUACUGAAUAUUUAGUUCAAAAGGUCAUUUUAAUAUUGAUUGUAAAUUAGUACAGUGUUGUAUAGUGAAGGAAAUAAUUGUAAAUUUUGAUGUUGUCACUCGUUAUAAAAUGCAAAUAUGAUUUCAUUAUGUACAUUUUUUGUUGUACUGGAUCCAACCAGUAAAUUUGAUUUUGUUACGUUUCUGUUAAUAUUUUUGUUUCAUUGCUUCAAUACAGGAGAAUGUUCACAGAACAUAGAGCAUGUUUUCACCCAUAGUACAUAUUUGCAAUAAGGAACAAAGGAUUUUGUCCACACCCUUUCAUCCAGAGACUAUUGUCGAACACCUUUGCUUAUGUGUGGAAGUUGUUAGUUGCUUGCAGAGAUGAAAUAAAUACCGGAUCAGUUCACGACCAUAUCACAACACAAAUACUUUUGAAAUAUCUCAGUUCUUUUGAAAAAGUGAUACUUCAAAUUUUUGUCCUUUUUCUGUUAAAAGUGAAACAUUUUAGAAUGUUGUUAUUUAAUUUUUAAUAUCACAAAUUUUGAUACAUUAAAGUAUAAAAAUAUAGCUACCAUCUUGAAGAAUUAAAAAGGAUUUUUAUAUACAAAGUUGUUCAAGUCAUCUUUAGUGCUUAUACAAAUUCCUACAAAUGUUAAGUUGAUGUAACUUAUGUCAUUUUAUACAACUAAAUUAGUACGACAUCGUCCAGUGUUUUUUUGUUGUUUUUUGUAAAAGGAUAGGGAAUGUUCUUUUUUUUACCGCUACGCCAAAGUAAGCAAUAAAAAAUCACUAAAACCUAACUUCUUAAAUGUGCUUCAAUAUGUUCAAAGGCUAGAUUACAGUAAUUCUUGGAGAGAAGCUACUGGAGUCAAUCUUUGAUUAUGUCAUUUAGUCUAAAUAAAAACUUGUUAAUCAUAAAAUCCGCUUGACCAUUUAUACAACAUUUUGUUAGCUUUCAAAUAGAACGUCUCUAUUUAUUAAUGGAUUUUCAGGUGAAAGCAUUAAUGAUUGGUGUGAAGUAUAUACAAGAAUGAAGAAAAAAUGGAUUAUUUGAUUUCAUUUAGAAACAUCAAGAAACAAACUCGGGAAUGUGGUUCUUUAAGUUGAAUGAAAAUUCAUAUUGGAAAUUUUAGGAAUGUAUUAAUUUCUGAGAAUUCCCAAAAUUUUGACAAAGAGAAAAUAUCUGAUUUUAGACUAAAAUUAUUAGGCUUAUAGAUUGUUGCUAUCUUAAGCUAGUAAUUGCAAAUGCGUAUUGAAGACAUAUAGUCUUUAUUAAGCUAUUAGGUAAGACAUGAUUUUACACUUCUCUGGAUGCAUAUAGUUAGCUUUACUAUAUUUCACUGCAUUUGUCAGUAUUGAAUUGAGAGUUACAGAAAGGACUGGUUGUGGGUGACAAACAAUGGAUUUUAUAUAGGUGUGGCUUUGUUUUUAGGAAUAAUGUUUUUUUUUUCCUCUAACAAUCAUUACAAGUGCAUCAUCCAUUCAUUUUUUUGUUUCAUAUGUAUCAGAAUCAUGGUUUGUGCAAUAAUAUUUGUUCAUAUAUAUUUGUGCAGUAUUAAUCUACAUUAUCUGCAUUUAUCCAGAAUUUUCCCCAAGCUCGUGUGUUAUGAUAUGUAUUUACACAUUAUUAACAGAAAUUUAACACAACUGUGUAAUGGUAUAUGAUGAUAAAUAGAAAUUUAGCUUGUACUUAAGGACAUUUAUCUGGUCUUCUACAAGCUUUCAGCAUACCUAUUGGUUAAGAGACGUUAUAUUUUGAUGCAAUAUAUUUCUUACUGGGUUAGUAAUUGUCAAACUUGGAUUAAAACAAACUACCUGCUUUAUUGAAGGCCUAGUUGGAUUGAAUACAUUAAGUAUUGAAAUGCUCAAGUACACUGAAGUACACGGAAAGUUGGGACAAAAAACAUUACGUGGUUUGUUGUUAAUUAGGUAGAUAUACACAUUGUCUUGGAAAUCCAUAUCAGGCUCGAGCUUUUCUUUGACUGAACAGUGUGUAUCUAUAUUUAUUCACCAACAGACCAUGUAGUUUUGAUAGUGAAAUAUCUAUAAUUUGAACCACUGUAAAAAAAAUUAGAUUGUUGUGUUUUGAAGAUAACAGCAAAAAUAAAAACCUGGCAGAAAAUACUUUACUAAUAUGCCUGGUGUGUCAUCUUUAGUUUCAGCAUCAAUUUACUACUCUUAUUGCCAAAGCAUUAACCCUAUAGUUGUUCUUCCCUACGCAAUUUUAUAGUAAAUGUUUAUUUCUGUAGGCAAGCUUUCAAUAAAGAAAAGAGAGUAUUUCUAGCAUUCUUAAUUUAUUUAGCAAUUAUAAUUCAGUAGGCUGUAAUUCUAUGUAUUAUUAAAGUCAUGCAUAAAUAAACAUUCUAGUAUAUGCUUUUGAACAGUAGCUUUAUUUACAGUAGGUGAUCAUAGUUUGCAGAGUUCAACUUUUUGUUACAUUUUAUACUUGAUGACUGAUUAUAUCAAACAGAAAUCUUUUGUUUUAUGUCUCAUUUGUGCAUUGUUAAUGAGUACCUUAUUUGUUUGCUUGGGAAAUAAAUAAACUCUUGUGUCGAAACUUC